AUGAAGACGGUUCAUGCAGGUUGGUAAGGUUAGAGUUAUUUCGAAAGUAAUUGUAAAACGUCCCAAAUUUUCUGCACAUUAAUAAAAAUAAAAUAGUUUUCCGUUGUAGAGCAUUUUUUGAUUUUUGAGAUUGUUUCGAAGAAAUUAGGAGCGCUAAGGGGUCAGCAGGGCCUCCCAGAGAAAUUUGGUUGCCCAGGCAAAAUUUUUAAUUCGGGGCCCCGAAUUAACAAUAAAUAGAAACCGCCAGAAAGACCAAAUUAGAAUCCGAGAGAGUUGUAAAAUACUGAAUUAAUAAUACUUUUGGAAGCCUUGAAAUGUUUAAAGACAUAGUAGAUAUUAAAAUAGUCAUAGUGAUAUCACAUUAUUUAUCACGAUCUAGCUAUGACACGACGAGUACCAACACCUAUCUGAGCCUAAGAGACCGAACGGAUAAAGAGCUCCAACGUAGUGUUGUCUACAAAUUUAGCUAUCCUGGGUGUCAAUUGUCGUACAUCGGAAAAACUGACCGCUGUCGCAGAACAAGGAUUAAAGAACACUCCUCCAACAAAAACUCAGAAGUUCACUGCAAACAUAUCAUGUCAUGUGAACAUUUUCAAUACUCCCAGACCCUACUUAACCUAUACCCAACACAGGAAUAAAUCUAAAUCAUUAUUGUUAUAUAAGGAAUCUUUAUCACGGAACUUGAUCACCGAACAAAAGUCUCUAAGGAACUUGUGAUAUUUAAUUAGCGCGUAAUUUGAUCCGCUUAACUUGUAAAUAUAUAUCUCAGUAUUUUUCAAUAGCGUCACUCCUGAUGAUGACUGAAACCUAGUCUAAACGUUGAUUAACAAAAUGUUAACUAUUUUCGGAGUGUCUAUUGCUUUGUUAUUUUUGAUAUCACAUCAUUACUUCCUGAUAAUUGAAACCUAUAACAGGAAAUUAACAGUUUAAAAAUAUAGCAGUCUAGAAUAUAUUUAGCUGAUUCCAAGCCCCAUCAGUUUGGUGCCAAAUUGACUAUAUAGUUAUUAGAUACAACUUCAAAAUCGUUGGAAGAAAUUCUGGAAGCAUAGACGGUUAACAUAACUGUAUUUUUCUAAUGUUUCUAUUUAGAUACAGUCGAUGAAAACUAUAAUACUAAUAGUGUUAAAAUAUCUGGUACAUCAGACGACGCUCAAUUUCAGGAUGAAACUGUUGAUAAUGUGAAUCAAAUUACAAACAUCGAAAAUGAAAGUAUCACUGAUGACAGAAUUGCGCCAGCAGAACAAUUAUUGGUCUUAGGACGUUCUUACCAAAGGGAAGGCCGAAGUGAAGAUGCCAUCAAAAGCUACGAAGAAGCAGUUCAAAUUGCAAAUGAAACAGAUCACGAUGACAUCAAAUCAAAAGCUUAUCAACACUUGGGAAACGUAUUUACUGGUAAUUCUGAAUAUAAGAUAGCAAUCGAGUAUUAUCAAAAAGCAUGUAAAAUAUCUUCAGACCUAAAGGGAGAUGAGAUGGAAGUAAUAGCAUAUCAAUGGCUAGGUUACAACCACCUUCAAGCUGGUCAGUACCAAGAAUCAAUACAGUAUUACAAUGAAGUCGUAAGACUUGCAAAACGAGAGAAAUCAAUGCUAGCAUAGGGUUGGGAGGUGCGUUCAGUUAUAUUGACGACUUUGAAUCCUCGGAAGAGUAUUUCUUAAAAGCCAUCACAGUGGCAAAACAGCUCAACCACAAAUGUCUUGAAAAAGAAGCUCAUACAAAUAUAGGACAUGUACAAUACAAGAGUUGUCAGUUUAAUGCUGCUGUCAAAUCGUAUCUCAAAGCUGAAGAAAUUCCCCUUGAUCUUGCUGAUAGAAACGAAGAAGCCAGCACAUGUCUCAUGCUCGGCCAUACCUUUCAACAAUUAAAGAAACACGAGAAAGCCAUUAAAUACUACAAGAAAGCGUUAAGCAUUAACAAAGAAAUGAAGGAUAAAGAAAUGCAACGGGGUUGUUUUGAGAAAGCUCUGGAGGGAAUUAUCAAUAAAUGGUGCGGCUACUGCUGCCUCUUUGUUGCUGAUCAACUUCAAGAGGGAAUAACAUUUUACGAGAAUGCGAAAGAAAUUGCUAAACAAGUUGACAACAAAUAUCAAGAAUAUCGCACAAAACAAGCCAUCGGAAAUAUCCUCUGCAACAUUGGUAAUUAUAAGAGGUCGAAGGAAUAUUACCAAGAAGCUUUGACAAUUGCUGUGGAACUUGAUGAUAGACAUUGUGAAGGAACAUCAUGUUUUAAUUUGGCAACAGUUUGCGGGAAAGAUUGUGAUUACGAGAUGGCGAUAGAAUGA